GCUCUGUUUGUGAAAUGUGAGCCAAUGAAAAUAGAUUGCAAAAACAAUCGGCCAAUCAUAAUUUUUGAAAUGAUUCCAUGUUGGCCAUGUUCCGUUUCUGACUAAAAAUCAACAAAAAGAGUUAAAAUGGGGAGGUAAUUUCUACGAUUUCAUCACCUUUUCUAAUUACAAUAGGAAGCAAUUUAAAGAGUUUAAAUGGGGACGUAAUUAGAAUGAACAACUAUCAUCGAGAACUGAAAGAUAUCCUUUGAAAAUUUAACUCAUUUCUCGGUGUUUUUUGGUCUCAUCAAAUUUUCUGUAAGCAGGCACUGACCUCUAUAGACAUAUAAUGUGAUAUUAUAACUUAUCCUUUUGUAAAGCUUACCCCUAACUUCUAUUCAGAUCAGUUGGUCGCACUAUACAGAGAUUUGAACUUUGAUGGAAGAAGUGACAGUUAAAAUAUGUCUACGAAACCAAUGUUUCGCUUUUGGAAAUUGACGGCUAUUGUAUGUUUUUUGAAUGAAUUUCAGUCAUAAUAUAUCGAAAAGCUCUCUCAGAUCUUCGUCUUCCUCUAGCAAAAGUAUUUAUCAAUCGGAAGAAAUAAUAAAACUUGAAAACAUAAUUGAAACUCUUCAACAUAACAAUGAAACUUUAAAAAAAUCUUUGGAGAAGAGGGACACUGCGAUAGCGAUUUUAACCCGAGAGAAAGAAAAAAUAUACGAAGAACUAAAGUGCGCACAAAGGACAAAUCGAAAUCUGUAUCAGCAGUUGACAGACGAGAGGGAUAUACAUUUUAAGGAGAAGGAAUAUUUGGUACAAGACAUUAAAAGGUUAUCUAUAAGACGUGAGACAAACACAAUCUUUGAAACUCGAUGUGAAGGAGAAAGAAUAUUUUCUUCAUUAGAAGAGGAAAUCCAAGAAAAAGAUCGCAUAAUUUACAACAUAUGUACCAAAUAUUUGAAGGUGAAAUCAAGCAAAAUGUCGUUGCAGAAAAGAUUUAUUAAAUUACAGAAGCAAAGUAAAAAGAUGUGUGACAAUAUUGUGUCCAUAUUAGAAGAAAAUAGAGAAGUAUUAGACGCUCUGCUCAAUCGUUUAUUAAAAAUGUCUCACAUAUCAAAGCCUGGUAAAAAAUUUAUUAAACUAUUGCAAAUUAAUACCAGGCUCCAUUACGAAAAUACACAACUGAAAAUACAAAUGACGCAUGAAAACGAAAUUUCUUCAAGAAGAGGUUUAAGCGUAUCGAAUAUAAAAUUCCAAAAAAAUAAUAUUUUUGAGGAUAAAGAUAAAAAUGUCCUCAUAACCAAAACACCACAGCUCCGGCGUUCUUUGUCGACGAAUGCUACCUAUUUUAUCAGACGUCAUGGAGGUUUAACAAACUUUAAAAGUUUGCAUAAUAGUCUAUCGCCACACUUUCGUAAAGAAAUUUGUAAAUCAAAGUCUGACAGCAAUUUGGCUUAUUUUAAAUAG